AAGUGCACAGCAUAAAACGGGUUAAGAGUCACGUGGUAACAAGUGGUAUUAUCACUCCAGGCUAUAAAGAAAGUCUAUGUGAAGAAAAAGAGAACAAAGAAAUCGGAACCUAUAAGAGACCCUUUAGACGCCGUGCUUCCCGUCAUUCCUCGGCUCCAGCAAGGGCAGGAGCCUUCAGACGGCGGGACUUUCUCAUCCAAGCUGUCCACGGAUCCACAUGAUGAUGAUGAUGCGGACCUGUCUCCUCGUGUGCUGCGCUUUUGCACUGCAAUGCAUACGAAGCAUGCAUUGUUUGCCAAUGCGUGGAACAAGCAGGUAUAAAGCUGCACCGGGUUGGCACCAGUCUUCUGAUCUGCAUGACUUUAAAAAGAGAGGAAGAGGGCCCCAUGUCCAGGAGUUGCUCAAAGAUGCAUCUGUCGUCAACGGAAACCCUGACACCGCCCAUCCACCAACCGACACCUCCCGGGUCUUGAACCGUCCACGGUGUGGUGUCCCAGACUUCCCCACCCAGAAGGAGUUUCUUCCCAGCCGGCGACACCGACAGAAGCGCUUUGUCUUGUACGGGGGCCGCUUGGAAAGGAAUGACCUGACCUACAAGAUCGUACGCUACCCCUGGCAGAUGAGCGAGGACAAGGUGCGUCGAGUCUUGCAGGAAGCCUUGAGAGUGUGGAGCGAAGUCACUCCUCUCACCUUCACGGAAGUCCCGAGCGGAAAGACUGAUAUCGUCAUCGACUUCACCAGGUACUGGCACGGAGAUAACCUGCCUUUUGACGGCCCCGGAGGCAUUCUCGCCCAUGCAUUCUUCCCUAAGACACACAGAGAGGGAGAAAUCCAUUUUGACUAUGAUGAGUCAUGGACACUGGGCAAUAACAUGGGUGAGUGUUUUUUUGUGGUCACAUACAUUUGUAUUGAAGUUACAGACACGGUUGAGAGACACUGCACAGACCUCCUCCAGGUGGCGGCCCAUGAGUUUGGACACGUCCUGGGCCUGCAGCACUCUCGAGAACCGGGCGCAGUGAUGUCUGCCUUCUACAGUUUCUCCUAUCCUCUGCAGCUCAGUGAGGAUGACAAGCGAGGGAUCCAAUACCUGUAUGGAUCUCGUCCUCAUGUCCCUCCCAAACCUGCACCCCCACCCCAAAUCAGCACUGAGAACAAUGAGAUCAUAAGCAGCACUCCUGACGCCUGCCAGACAGAUUUUGAUGCUGUGUCUAUGAUCCGUGGAGAGCUGUUCUUUUUCAAGUCACGCUAUGUGUGGCGCAUUCGGGAGGGGCGUCUGGAGCGGGGUUACCCGGCACUGGCGUCACGACACUGGAGGGGGAUUCCAGAGAGCAUUGAUGCUGCCUUUGAAGACCAAUCAGGGAAUAUAUGGUUCUUCCAAGGUGAGAACUACUGGGUGUUUGAUGGAGAAACGCAAAUCUCCGGGCCGGAGUCCGUCCAGAGACUGGGCCUCUCGGUGCCUCACGUCCAGGCAGCGCUGCGCUGGGGACAGGACAGCAGCUACAACACCUACUUCUUCAGGUCUGGGAGCUACUGGAGAUUCAGUCCCCUGGAGAAACGCGUGGACUCCAUCUACCCCCGCAGUAUGCAGGAAUGGGAUGGCAUCCCCAGUGACGUGGAUGCAGCUUUCCAGGACAAAUACGGUUACGCCCACUUUAUAAGAGGAAGGCAAUACUGGAAAUGUGAUCCUGUACAGAUGAACUCACUGGAGGGAUACCCUCGUUAUGUUGGCAUGGACUUUUUUGGUUGUUUCUCAUCUGCGACCAUGGCCCGCAGCUUCACUCAAGAAUAUUUCCAGAUUCCUGCCGUUACCAGAGUUUAUACUACAGCUUGUGUCCUGACUACAGCUGCCGUGCAACUUGAGGUCAUCACCCCCUUUCAGCUUUAUUUUAACCCGGACCUUAUUAUUAGAAGAUACCAGAUUUGGCGUUUAAUCACAAAUUUUCUUUUUUUUGGCUCACUUGGUUUCAGUUUUUUGUUUAACAUCAUCUUUCUUUAUCGUUACUGCCGCAUGCUGGAGGAGGGAUCUUUUCGUGGGCGCACUGCAGAUUUUGUAUUUAUGUUCCUAUUUGGAGGUGUCCUCAUGACUUUGUUUGGCCUCUUUGCCAACCUCUUCUUCCUGGGCCAAGCCUUCACCAUCAUGCUAGUGUAUGUGUGGAGUAGGAGGAACCCUCACAUACGCAUGAACGUCUUUGGCCUUCUUAACUUCCAGGCACCCUUCCUCCCCUGGGUGCUCAUGGGAUUCUCACUGCUUCUUGGAAACUCUGUUGUGGUCGACCUUCUAGGAAUCGGAGUUGGACACAUGUACUACUUCCUAGAGGAUGUGUUUCCGAAGCAGCCCGGAGGCAGGAAGCUUCUAAGGACGCCUGAACUCCUUAGGACCUGGCUCGAUAACCCUGACGAGGACCGUGGGUACUCUCCUCUACCAGAGGAGCAGGACAGAGAAUUGUGGCAAGACCAAGGUGGUGAGGAAGAGCCCAAUGAGUAGCAGCAUGAGUACAGCCUUCCUAAACACUAUGCCCAGGGAUAUUCUCCAUGUCCUCUCAUAGUAGCAAAGAGUGUCGGGAUAGUCAGAUUACAUUCUCAUGAAGAAUGCUGAUUAACAGAGGAGGCGGUGACUACUGUAGUUUGCUUACAGUAAGCACCUACAAGGAAAUGUAACUUCAGAUUGCAGACUUGACCAACAACUAUAUAUAAUACUGUUGUAUUUCUAAACACAUGCCUUGUGUCUCAUUAAAAUUGAGGUGUUAAGGCAGAUACAAUCGAAUUUCUCAGUGUCCAAUAGCAACAAAAACAUUACCAAGAUGCAGUAAUAUCAUUUCAUAUUGGUUCUUGGAAAAUAGAACAAAACUAAAUAAUUGUUUUUCAGUGGAUUUAGCUUCUCGCCAUUCCCAGUGAGGUCAAUAUACAAGGCCCCUCUGGUUAUGCUGAACUCAUUCGUAAAUCUGCCGACUAUUUGGAAUUCUAUUACCUAGAGAACCUGCAUGGUCUGCACUUUUCAACUACUGCCUUUGUGGUGUAACACACUUGGGCCAAAAUAGAAACUGUUUAGCACAACAACACAAAACUGGGUCACAUUGAAUGUUGUAAGCAUGACCCAAGCAUCUAAUACUCUACAGGUAACAUGGAGAUAAAAAAUAUUUGUUGGUUUUAAAUAAUUAAAACAAUCAGUUAAAUAAUAAUUACAAUUGGAAGGUAAUCAAAAUCAUUUACUCAUUUAUUUUAAUUAUUCAAAUGUACAAAAAGACAACAAAUACAACAUAUAUUCUCUGAGA